UCCGCAAGUUCUCAAAUUGUUUGGUUGGUUUUUGCAAGAUGAGUGGCGUCAUCGUUUCCUUUGAACAAAAUUAUCUCUGCCUUUCACGCGUGUGAAGUUCUGGUAUCGACGAUAGACUGGAGUUCGCUAUACAGGUCUCUCGAUUGUUCUAGCGCUCGAGAUUGAAUACACAGUUGCGCUAUUUGUCUUCAAUGGCUAACAGAGUUCAAAUUCCUACAAGCAACUCAGCACUCAUUGCCAUGAUUGCUGAUGAGGAUUCAAUUAUUGGAUUUUUACUGGCUGGAGUUGGCAACGUUGACCCAAGGAGAAAGACAAAUUACCUUAUUGUGGAUUCAAAAAUAACGGUUAAACAAAUUGAAGAUGCUUUCAAAGAGUUCACAACAAGAGAGGAAACUGCAAUAGUGAUGAUCAGCCAAUACGUUGCAAACAUGAUAAGGUUUUUAGUAGAUAGCUACAACAAGCCUGUUCCAGCAAUUCUGGAGAUUCCUUCCAAAGAUCAACCAUAUGAUCCUACACAUGAUUCUGUUCUUUCACGAGUGAAGUACCUCUUCUCUGCUGAAUCAGUGGCAUCUGGGAGGCGUUAAUGCCAUCUACAUAUAUGUAACCUUAUUUGCGAGUCUGUAUCCUGGAUUAGUGAAUUAUUUGUUUUGAGGCACUUAAGUUCAUCAUCUUUCUUAGUUCUAUUGGUUCUA